AUGGCCUCCAUCCAAACUGACUUGACCAAAAUGCUUGGAAUCCGACACCCAAUUAUGUUAGCCGGAAUGGGAACGGCUGCCGGUUCUGAAUUGGCUGCUGCCGUUUCAAACGCUGGUGGUAUCGGUGUCAUCGGUGGUAUUGGAUACACUCCAGCUAUGUUGCGAAAGAAGAUGCAAGAGAUCAAGGCAGAUUUGGUUGACAAGAAGGCCGCAUUUGGUGUUGAUUUAUUGAUCCCAGCUGUCGGAGGAAACGCCAGAGCUACCAACUACGACUACACCAAGGGACAACUCCCUCAACUCAUCGAUGUCAUCAUCGAAGAAGGUGCCAAAUUAUUCGUUUGCGCUGUCGGUGUACCACCAAAAUGGGCCGUUGACAAGUUACAUGCUCACGGCAUCCUCGUCAUGAACAUGAUCGGUGCCCCCAAGCACGUUCCAAAGGCCUUGGAAGUCGGUGUAGACAUUAUCUGCGCCCAAGGUGGUGAAGGUGGUGGACACACUGGUGACAUUGCUACCGCCAUCCUCGUUCCAAAGGUCGUGGACAUGUGCAAGGGCAGGAUCUCCCCCUUGACUGGCAAACAAGUCCCAGUUGUCGCUGCUGGUGGUAUCUACGAUGGACGAUCCGUCGCCAUGGCUCUCUGCUUUGGUGCUCAAGCCGUCUGGGUCGGAACCCGUUUCGUGUGUGCUACUGAAGCCGGUGCUUCUCGUGCUCACCAAGAAGCCGUCGUCACUGCCGACUACAUCGACACUUGCCGUACUCUGAUCUUCUCUGGACGACCCAUGCGUGUCCGUAAGACUGCUUACGUCGCUGACUGGGAAAACAACCGUCAAGCUGAAAUCAAGGAAUUGACCAACAAGGGUAUCGUUCCAGCAGUCCAAGACAUGGACACCCACGACUACGAAGAUGAAGAAUUGUUGGCCCGUCAGGCUUUCCUCAUGGGUCAAGUUGCUGGUUCCAUCGGUGACAUUAAGCCCGCAAAAGAAAUUGUUGAGGAAAUGGUUAAUGGAGCCAUUGAGACUCUCCGAAGCCGUGCCAACCUAGUCGUUGUCUCAUCUGGUGCCUCUCAAUCUGCUCGCUUGUAG